AUGGCAGAACAUGCUUUUGCGUCCGAGACUAAGUAUGGUCGUAGGCUGAAUAUGUAUUUGUGUCACUGUUCCUCCGAAGAGGCAAUUUUCCCUGCGACUGCGUUACGCUUGCACACCCAAACCUCAACCGGUUGGCAAUCUGCCAGGUUGUGUACAUAUCCUCAAGAACUUGGACUCAGUUUCAGUGGCGAAGUGGAGCUAGAUUAUAUUCGUGUACUUUGUCACGAAAGCAAUAUACCAACACGCAUUGAAGUAUUCGUUGCUGAGGCUAGUGAUGGGAGCACAAAGUUGAAUGUGGUUACGCCCUACGAAAACAGCAACUUUCAGCGGAUAGGUUAUGUGCACUUUUCUGCUGGGAAUGAAAGUGCAGUCGGUAUCCGUGAACUUAAGACCAUUAAAGUGUGUCGCAAGUGCGUUUUCGUAAAGUUUUUGAUACUAAAUCCAUAUAGUUCCAGUUUCAAUACCUUUAAUCAAGUGGGUAUCAUUGCCAUGGCGGGCCACGGGCGGCUUGUGAAGAGUAUACAACGUGAAUCCACAAAGCGCAUAUGCGUGGUUGGGGAAACGGUGGAGGUGCCGCUGGAGAAGAUGUUGCCACCGAUAUUAAAUAAGUUACCAUCUGCUCCUUCGGGAUCCGAUAAGUUCGGGGAGGUCGACGCCGUAACGAGACGCCGCCUUGCGGAACUUCUUCGUGUAAAAGAGCAUGCAGUGAUGACCGAGGAUUAUGACCUAGCUGGUGCGUUGAAACCAGUGCUGGCCACUUUGGAGGAUGUUGGAAGGGAGAUUUACGCAUUAGAGCAGCGGAAAAAUGCUGCCGUGGAGGAGGAAGACUAUGCUUCCGCGAAGAAGUUAAGGGAUGAUAUCGAGGGUAUGCGGAGAACCGCCUACUUGGUCUCGAUAAAUCGGGUACACACGAUUCGUAGAAGGUCAGUCGACAACGCAGUGGAAGUGCGGAAUAUUCAACACAACAAUAUAUGUUCAGAUGAAAAGCAAAAGGAAGAAAAUCAAUGCAGGGGUCUUUCACCACCUCCAGCGCCUAGGGUGUUUUCACCUUCGACGUUUGAUGAAAUGCCUGUAGGUGGUGCUGGAUACUACCGACUCGUUGACGGCGAAACGGGUGCAAACGACCGGAACCACGGUAUUGCGGAUGUCGUCGGUGAUGUAGAUGUACUUUCUGCAUGUGUCAUUCAAGGGAAAGAGAAAUGGGAGGAGCUACUUCUUCGUGCAAUAGUAACGAUUUCUGGUUGUCAAAGUCUUGAGCUUGACGUAGAAGACGAAUCGGUUGCGGAGGGAAAGAGAUUCGAGAAGGUGUUCGGGUCUGUUUGUUGUGGCUGCUUAUUUGGGAAAAGGGGGAAACUUCGGGAGGCAGCCAUUCGAGCCAUAUGCACCCCAUCUGUUUUUGUUUCUCUUUUGGGCCACGCGGAUAACAUUACGGAAAUGCUACUUUCGUACGUGGUUCUUCCCACUCGUGGCCUAAACGAUGCGACUACGUCAGUUGUCAUCGCUUCUUGUGACGCGGUUCGUGCAAUUGCCGAACAGUUAGAGGGAGUUCCACCGUUAUCAUCUCUGAAUUCACACUUAUCACCAGUUUUGUCGGCUCUAGUGGCCCGCCUAGGUGACAGCAACAACCGUAUACGGGAGCGCGCAGAAUCUGCUCUUCUAUCAGUUGCCAAAUCAGCGCUUGAUGUCGUUGUGGUGGCCCUGGUUAGCAACCCCCAAAAGAAGAAACAACAUACGGUGCCGCAUAGGGUGCACGCCUCGCGCAUAGCUGUACUGAAUAACCUGGUAGAUAUGUACGGUGCCGACGGUGCAGUUUCAACAAAUCUUGAGGCCCAAAAUAUUCUUUCAGAAGUUGUGCUGCCCUGUAUGCAGCACUCUAGCGGUGAGGUGCGGGACGCCGCAAGUUCCCUCUUUGCUAAGUUAUUACUUGUCGCCCCCAGUAUUGCGCAAAGGAGUAUCGGAGUUCUUAAACCAACUCAGUGGAGUGCCGUCGAACAUUAUUUGUCUGAGCUGACGGGCGGGGCGUGCGAUGAGGGAUUUUCUCGGGAGGUUGAUACCAGUGAUAGAUUGCUCCCAAGGACCGGAUUUGUUCCGUGUGCGACGCCAACUUCUGCUGAAUCCGUAACAGGAAGUGCCUCUGCAGGACGUGACGCUGCAUCAAAAACGUGUCAUUUUUGUGGAGAAUUCAACGAAGGGUUUGUGGAAGCCUCUUUGGAUAUUCACUUCAUUCGCGCGUGCCCCAUGCUUUGCCCAUGUCCUUUGUGUGACCAGGUUACCGAAAUCGCAACGUUGCAACAGCACCUCACUGGCGAAUGCGAGAACCGGCAUUUGGUUCGUGAAUGCCCGAGAUGCAAGGAGGCGGUGCGCGUAGAGGAUAUCGAGAGACAUAUUGCAGCAGAGUCCUGCAUCAAAGCAGUCCCCACGCACAGCGUUUGUCCACUCUGCCACGCGCGGUUCAAGGCUGGAAUGAAAGGGUGGUUAACACAUUUGGCAGCGCCUCCAGGUUGCCCAAAGAACCCCAAAAAGUACGAUGGAUCAGGGCCCAUUACCGAGUAG